UUAGGGAUAGAAGAGUACAAACCAUCCAAUUAAAGGAUGAAAUUUCUAUUUUUCAUUCAUUCACUCUGAUCAACUUCCUAUAUGCCCGUCUAUUACAAGUUACUACAGCAUCUAGCUUGCAAAAGGUAUUUAUUAAUUAUAAAAGUGUGAAGUGAAACAUCAAGGGCAAAAUAUUUGAUUUUAACAGAGAGCUGUAAUUCAUUGCGCUGUGAUUAUAUAACUCUUAAACCUUUCCAUACGAAGUGGAUGUAACUGUCCAAUGAUGGGGGAGACAGACCAAGCUUCAUUGGAGAUUAUUUUACCCCCAAGUCUGAGGCAGACACAGCUGGAGGAAACGGCCGAGCCAAUAGGCAGCCCGCCUGCUAAAAGUGAAACUCUACCAAACAGAGGGAACUGGAAGGGAAGAUUUGACUUCUUACUUUCCUGUGUUGGAUAUGCUAUUGGACUUGGGAAUGUCUGGCGUUUCCCUUACCUCUGCGGCAAAAAUGGCGGAGGUGCAUUUCUGAUUCCGUACUUUCUGACACUGAUAUUUGCUGGCAUCCCUUUGUUCCUCUUGGAAACAGCUCUUGGUCAGUACACAUCCAUUGGAGGCCUUGGUGUGUGGAAACUAGCUCCUAUGUUUAAAGGAGUUGGACUGGCUGCUGUCAUCUUGUCAUUUUGGCUCAACACUUACUACAUCGUGAUCAUUGCUUGGGCUAUCUACUAUCUCUUCAGCUCUUUCAAGUCGGAACUUCCUUGGCAAAGCUGUGACAAUGAAUGGAACACAAAAAUGUGUUUUUCUAACUACUCCAUGCUUGAUACCAGUAACAUGACCAGUGCAGUGACAGAAUUCUGGGAACGGAACGUGCACCAAAUUACCAGCGGUUUGGAUGAGCCAGGGAGCAUACGGUGGCCUUUGGCUGGAACACUAGCGCUGUCCUGGUUGUUGGUCUAUUUCUCAAUCUGGAAAGGAGUGGAAUGGACAGGAAAAGUCGUCUAUUUUUCUGCUACUUAUCCCUAUUUCAUGCUGAUCAUUUUAUUCUUCCGUGGAGUGACACUGCCAGGAGCCAAAGAAGGAAUUUUGUUUUACAUUACACCCAAUUUCAACAAGCUUUCAAACUCUCAAGUUUGGCUCGAUGCAGCUACACAAAUCUUUUUCUCUUAUGGACUGGGUCUGGGAUCACUUAUUGCUUUGGGCAGUUACAAUAUGUUUCACAACAAUGUUUACAGGGAUUGCCUCAUCGUGUGCAGUAUAAACUCCUGCACGAGUAUAUUUGCUGGAUUAGUGAUUUUCUCAGUUAUAGGAUUCAUGUCUCACAUCACAAAGAAACCAAUAACUGACCUGGCUUCAUCAGGUCCUGGGCUGGCAUUUCUUGCCUACCCACAGGCUGUGACACAACUACGCCCACCAGCACUGUGGUCCAUUCUCUUUUUCUCCAUGUUACUGAUGCUUGGCCUUGAUUCACAGUUCUGCACAGUGGAAGGCUUCAUCACUGCCCUGAUGGACGAAUACCCUCAUAGACUGAGAACGCACAAAAAGCUGUUCAUUGCAGUGGUGUGCAUCAUUUCAUACCUCAUUGGAUUAUGUAACAUUACUCAGGGUGGCCUCUACAUGUUCAAGUUGUUUGAUUAUUAUUCUGCCAGUGGCAUGACUCUCCUCUUUCUGGUAUUCUUUGAGACUAUCUCAAUAUCAUGGUUUUAUGGCAUUAAUAAGUUCUAUAGAAAUAUUGAAGAAAUGAUUGGAUACAGGCCAUGCAUAUGGUGGAAACUUUGUUGGGUAUAUUUUACCCCUAUUGUAGUCCUGGGAGUAUUUCUCUUCAGUGCUGUUGAAAUGACACCACUCACACUUGGGAAUUAUGUCUACCCUAAGUGGGGCCAGGGGAUUGGCUGGUUCAUGGCACUGUCCUCCAUGGUAUUUAUCCCAGGAUACAUUGCCUACAUGUUUUUCACCACAAAAGGAACCUUCAUGCAGCGUUUGCAAAUGAUGACACAGCCCAGACAAGGGAUCAUAAUUCACAAUAAUGGGCUAAAAUCCAACCCGUCUCCAAACAGUGGCUACGCUGAUGCUACCGUUUAGUUCGCUACCUAUAUAAAGGCAAAGGCUUUUUGCAAACCCCUUUAGCACCUUGCACAGCAAUCCAGAAGUGUAAAUAGAUGGAAAAAUAGAUUACAGCUUAUCUGUCUGAACCAACUUCUUUUCAAAUUAUGAAAGAUAUGUUAUUUAUUUGAUAAGUACUGUAAGAUUAAACGUAAACAUCACAAAUCGCACAGUGUAAUGUCGCCAUGAAGAGAACUGCCUUCCUCUUUCCUACCAUCAUCACAAAUCUGCUCAACGUUGCGAGACUCUGUAUUCACCUCUCUCUGAAAUGAUUGUAACCACUAAAGAAUUUGAGGAUGGCUAGGAAAUACCAUUAUUUUGCUAUAACUGUCUUGUGCUUUGCCAUCUGAUGUGACUUUGCUGUAGCUUCUGUUAACAUUAGUUGAAAUUAACUGUUGAAUGAUUAUCUAGUGUCCAUCCUAAGAUCUAGGAUUGUGUAUCUCAUCAAUCGCUCUUUACAUGGUGAGUCAGGAUCCUGAUAAAACAAAAUUCUGAAAACAAAUAUUCACAAAAAUUGCUUAUCUACUGACAUACAUUGCUGUUCUCUGGAAUAUGUUUUGGGCAUGAACAGCUAGUUCUGUAUGUUAUCACUUAUGCAAGAAAGUGUUAGCAGAUUGAUACAGAUUGCGUCCUGAAUAUUAAAGGAUACGUUACAUUUAGGAAAGACAGGAAACUGGGAAAAGGUGGAAGCAUGACUCUGUUCAUUCAUGAUGCUAUUACCACUACAGGAUAGGAUAACUUAAGUUCAGGAAUCAGGAUUUGGAUUGAGAUGAGCAACGAUAAAGGCAAAAGAGCCACCACCACUACCCCACUCCAUAAAUAACCCCAACAAUAACCAAAUGGUAGGAUGUAAUAUAAAAGAGGAAAUGAUUAGAGCUAGUUAGAAAGAAAAUACAAGAAAAUUGAAUGCAGCCAGAAUGGAAAUUGCAGAGGCACUGGAAAUUAUUCUUUUAUUCUUCCCUGAACUGGAGUUUGAAAAAUGGCAAACAUUCUGCCCCUUUUCAAAAACAGUUAUAAAAAUUGGCUCAGCAGUCACAGACCUGGCAGCUUGACUUUAGUGUGAUGAAACUUCUAGAAACUAUUAUUUGGAAAAGAAUUAACAGUUACAGAAAGAUGUGGAUUAAUUCAGAUGGUCAGAAUGGACUUGUUAAGGGAAAAUCCUGUCAAACUAUUUUGCUUGAUUGUCUUGUUAUGGUUUACAUGAAUUUUUAAAUACAGUGCCACACAACAGACUUAAAGAAUGUUAUAGUUCAUAGAAUAAAAGGAACAGCAGCAACAUGGAUACAAAAUUGACUUUGGGUUUGGAGAUUAAUGGCCAACAGGUAUUUUUCAGGCUGGAAGAAGGCUGUAGUACUGUUCCCUAAGGGCAGGUAUUAGGACCCUUGCUUUUCAUGAAAUAGCUAAGUGAACUAAAUCUAGGGGACAGUUUUUAAAUUUGCAGAUAUCAGAAACUUAGGAGAAUUGGAAACUGUGAGGAGUACGUAGAUGAGUUGAUAGUGUGGGUGGAUAAGUUGCAGAUGCAUUUCAAUGCAGCGAAAAUGAUGUGAUAUACUUUUGUACAAUGAACAUGGAAAGACAGUGUAAAAUAAAGGGUACUAUUCUAAAGGGUGUGCAGGAACAGAGAAACGGGGUGUAUAGGUACAUAAAUCCUUAAAGAUGGGAAGUCACGUGGCAAGAGCUGUUAAUAAAACAUGUAAUGUUCUUUGGAUCAUAAAAAAGGAUUGAAAGUUUAAAAAAAACUGGGAAACUAUGAUAAUAAAAU